AUGACUGAAUCAACUGAUGAGCGAUGCUUGGCUCCAGAGCUCCGCCAGGCUCUUGAUGAACUGAAAGCCGCUGUCCAUUCUGCAAAUUGCUGUCUGACCACUUUUCGCUUUCUGGAUUCCUUCCCAAAUCUCAGCACCCAACACCCGGAGAUCCAGAGAGCUGUUGAAAAGGUGGCUCGGUUUGCACAGGACCAGGAAGAGAACGCUACACAGGCCGUACAGAAAGCCCAAACGACAUUCGCAGCUCUCUCUUCUGAACACCAACAUGGCUUGAUGCAGUACUAUGGGGAAGAUCUUCAUUUCUACCUCGAAAUCACCAUCCCUCCGGAUCUGUCCCAUGUUCCCACCCCUAUCAAGGACCUCCAGGUUUUGCUUUUUGACAUUGAAAACUUCCACCGUGCACUCGCCCGCGUACGUGGAGUGGAGGCGAACAUCGCCGAUAUCUUUUUCGGACUACCGUCCAUCCAACGAUUGAUGCGGGAAAACCGAGAUGAAGAACUGCGAUUGUUAAGAUUACGAAGCUCGGCUGAGAUUCAACUGCGUAGGCAAUUCUUUGUCUUGAAUCAAGAACAACAGGAUACACUAUGGCUAUGGUAUCAAGACUUCAUGGGGAUUAGUGGAAUUCAGAGGGAUGACAAUGCGCCAUACCCCUACUCGGUGCGAUCGCUGCAAGACCAGGAAGAGCAAGUGUGUGGAGACGACCCCGGGAAGAUGUCAACGGUGUUUUGCGAGGAGCGAUCGGCUUCUAUUCAGGACACUGCGUCUAGUGAGCUCACCGAACUUGGAGUGGUCACUGCAAGCAACAGCCAAGUGCAAUUACUGCAAGGCGAUGUGAAUCAUAAUGAUCCACUUUCUCCGGCAUCAGUCUUGUCCCAAAGGCUCGCCGAACAUGUUGUUGCAGGUCAAUCCAAAAGGGUCCCAUGGCCAAAUAUCCUCUCCCGCCUGAGGGAAGCGUUCUCGCUAGAUCCAGAUGCUGCUCCCGAAGAAAGGGACAUGGUCGCCAUGCAAGCCCAUAUGACGCGUCCAAAGGCACUUCAUCCAUCUGAGCUGGCGCGUUUGCAUGCAGCAAUUGACGCAUUUCCCCCACGCCCCAUCGCCAACUUUUUGCUGUCGGUAUUCAUUAAACAUGCAACAGAUACAUUUUUCUACUUUGACCAGGACCAAGUAUUGUCCGAGAUUGAUCAGUUUUACAUAGACACCACCUCACCGUUGAGAUCUGAUUUGAGCUUUGUCUGUCUUGUGUUGGCAACAUUCGCCCUAGGCAGUCAAUGGACGCCACUAGAAAGGCCAGAUGAAUUUGCAGUCAGUCUGCAACGGAAUAAUGAUGAUUUAGGACAAAUUUUCUAUACUCAUGCCAAAACGCUAAUUCCCGAUCUGAUUGACCGACCCUGCCUCCGAUCCAUUCAAGCGCCUUUUUUGUUGGGCGUCUACCUAAUGCCAGCAAGUGCCAUUGGAUCAUCCUAUGUUUAUAUGGGCUUGGCUUUACGCAAGGCGUUGGCAUUUGAUCUCCAUCUCAACCCAGAGGAUCAAGCGGUUGAUGACCGGGAAAGGGAAGUCCGUUGCCGGUUAUGGUGGUCCAUAUAUUCCCUCGAAAGGUGCACCACUGUCAAACUAAGCAGGCCUCGUUCUAUCAGUGCCAAUGUAGUCAAAGUGCCACAUCCAUCGCCUCUCCCAGCGCUGGAUCGCCUGCAAAGAUACAAUAAUAUUCAAUUCCAGAUGGCGUACACUCGCCUGAUCAAGAUUCUUGAUCGAAUUGCCGAGCCCUGUGGGGCUGUCACCGAAGCAGAGCAGCAGUCAGAAGUCGAAAAUCUGGCUUCUGAACUUCGACAGUGGAAGAAGUCCUUACCACCAGACUUCAAGCUUGAUAACAUGGACCCAAAAGACUCACGGUAUCGCACGAUUUUCCAUCUCUAUUUGAAUUAUUAUUAUGCGUGGAUAACCAUGGGCAAAGUCGCCCUCGUAACCGUUGCCCGAACGAGCCUUCGCUGUCAUAUGUUUCCUGCAUCGCGCUCUUCCAAUCCAAGUGAAACUACUAUGAGACAAUCUCGAUCUUGUGCAAAGGCAGGCAGAAAACUUCUCCUGCUAUUCGAGAAUCUGACACAGACCCGCAACAUCACUCGCUUCUCCUUCACGGACUUUCAGGGAUGCAGUAUUGCGACGAUCGUGACACUAGUGGCUGGAAUUACGGAACGCGAUUCAGGAUACAAUGCUCGAGUGAAAUUUGGUCUAGAUUGCCUUCGGAAAAUGGCGGCUGGGAACAUGACAGCGAGACUGGGAGUGAAGUUUGUCGAAGCUGUACAGUCGAUAACAAAUGAGGCCGCCCAGAAACUCCAUCAAGUGUCCUCUGCAGCCCGCGAAACGCAGGAUGUACAAGCUUCGGCUUCAGCAUCUGAUUACAACCAAUGGGCCGAAUGGCUUACUAGACUGGAAGGCUCGCAGACACUGGAGCAAAGAGCACUCCAUGAGAUAGAGUCUGGUGUGCCAUUUUCACAUACUCCACUACACCUACAGUCAAAUGAGAAUACGUCCGACUGGAGUACUGCUGGUGAACAUUACAUCUCGGAAAGCUCAAUCCCACAAAGUCUAGCACAUGGAUCAACGAUGCUGCGGGACUUCCAGUCUGUAGAGUACGACUUUCUGUCGGGGCUCCAGAGUGAUGAUCCGACUUUUCUCAUGGGUUUGACUGGGCUUGAUGUCCUGGACUUCUCGGAACUUACAUGA